CUGAUCAAUCUCUAGCCCUAUAUCGAUCAUCUCCGCCAUAGUCCUUUUAGGUAAUUAAUUUUUCAUCAUUCUGAUAUGCAAAUCCAAAUUCUCAAUAGCGGCGCUGGCCGGAGCUGAGAGGGCGAGAGAGAGAAAGAGAGAGAGGGAGACAUAGAGAGGGGGAGAGAUGACAGGACGCGCAUCGUCAGAUGUUUAGCAGAUUCCCUUUCAAGCUUCACCAUCAUUUCUGCUGUGCGGUCUUUGGUCUUUUUCCUCCCCUCCGUCGGCCGGGUUCGGGAAAUUCUGCGGCUCUCGAUGUUGUAAUCCGGGGGAAUAUGUGAAGAUCAUGCUGGCGGUGUGGUGCUUCAUGGUCUUUGCUGCAGUGGGCGAGAGGCUUGCAGUCUCAGGUGCGGACAGGAGCCCAGUGCAGGAUGGAGGCAUGUGGGACUGGUUUACUUUGGCGGGGCGGCCGGGCAGCGGGGACACUGCCACUAAGAUCACCUAUCCGAAGCGGCUGGUGCAGCAGAUUGAGUCGGAGGAGGAAAUGGCUCAUGACCACCUGGAUACCCGGGUGAAGAACAGCACUGGGGACACCUCGCCUGUCCAUUUGGCCCAGAGCUGUUUCCAAGUUGAAGCCUUUGGACAGACCUUCAUUCUGGACCUGGAGCUAAACCAUCACCUCCUGUCCUCAGAAUAUGUGGAACGGCACUUUAACCAGGAUGGCAGACCCUCACAGUCUGUGGGAGGGGAGCACUGCUACUACCAGGGAAGGUUAAGAGGUUUACCAGAGUCCUGGGCAGCUCUCUCCACCUGCCAUGGCCUGUGCGGCAUGUUCUCUGAUGGCGUCUUCUCUUACGGGAUUGAGCCUGUUAACAAUGGGAGCAAUCAGGAUGAUGGUGCGCACUUAAUCCACAGGAUCCUCGAUAUCAAACUUCCCUUCCACUGCCCAGACUGUACAGAGGACAGUGAGUGGGAAAGCAGAGGAGGUGAUGGUGAUGACGACAGGCCGGACCAAAUGAGGGAGCAGCAGGUGCCUGGGGGGGUGAGGCGAUCCAAGAGAUCUGUUCGCAAGCCCUCUGUCCAGACUGAGACUAAAUAUAUUGAGUUGAUGGUGGUCAACGACAACGAAAUGUUUGUACAGCUGCGUCGCUCUAGCAGCCAAGCCAAGAACUUUGCCAAAGCAGUGGUCAACAUGGCAGAUGCGAUCUACAAGGAACAGCUGAACACGAGGAUCGUGCUGGUUGCCAUGGAGACCUGGACCUCUAAAAAUAUGAUGCCAGUAGUGGAAGAUCCAUUGAUAACACUGCAGAACUUCAUGAAAUACAAGAAGGACAACAUCAAAGAGCAGAGUGACGUCGUCCAGCUUUUCUCAGGGCGAACAUUUCACAGUAGCCGAAGUGGGACGGCCUACACAGGAGGAGUGUGCUCUCCCACAAGGGGAGGAGGUAUCAACGAGUAUGGGAAUGUUGGUGCAAUGGCCAUCACUUUGUGCCAGAGUCUUGGCCAGAACAUCGGCAUGAGGUGGAACAACGCACGCAACUCUGCAGGAGACUGCAGGUGCCCAGAUGCCUGGCUGGGCUGCAUCAUGGAAGACACAGGAUACUAUCUGCCCAGAAAGUUUUCUCGCUGCAGUGUUGAUGAGUACAUCCAGUUCUUGCUCCAGGGGGGCGGGAGCUGCCUCUUCAACAAGCCCAACAAGCUGUUGGACCCUCCAGAGUGUGGGAAUGGUUUUGUGGAGCCAGGGGAAGAGUGUGACUGUGGAUCCCAGGUGGAGUGUGCUCGUAAUGGAGGAGCCUGCUGUAAAAAGUGCACUCUUACCCAUGAUGCCAUGUGCAGUAACGGACUCUGCUGCAGUGGCUGCAAGUAUGAGCGGAGAGGUGUGGUAUGUAGAGAUGCUGUGAAUGACUGUGAUAUCCCAGAGACCUGCACCGGGGAUUCCAGCCAGUGCCCUCAUAAUGUCCACAAGCUAGAUGGCUACAUAUGUGAUAACAGUCAGGGCCGCUGUUACGGUGGACGAUGCAGGACUCGUGAUGGACAGUGUAGGGUACUCUGGGGUUAUAAUUCAGCAGACAGGUUUUGUUAUGAGAAGCUAAACGCUGAAGGGACAGAGAAAGGCAACUGUGGUCCAGGUCCUGAAGGUCAGGGCUGGCUGCAAUGCAACAAGCCGGAUGUUUUAUGUGGCUUCCUCUUCUGUGCCAACGUGACAAUUAAGCCAAAGUUUGGAGACCUGCAGGGUGAGGUGACCAGCUUCACCCUCUACCACCAGAACAAGUACCUAGACUGCAGAGGUGGCCAUGCUCUGCUGGAGGACGGCUCAGACCUGGGCUAUGUGGAGGAUGGCACUCCUUGUGGUCCCAACAUGAUGUGUUUGGAGCGACGCUGCCUCCCUGUGGCGGCAUUUAACCUCAGCACCUGUUCGGGAUCCAAUUUUGGACACAUCUGUUCUGACCACGGGACCUGCAGUAACGAGGUGAAGUGUAUCUGUGACAGGGACUACACAGGGAAGGACUGCAGUGUCUUUGAUCCCAUCCCCGAGCCAACAGUCCCAACGGGCCCGGAGAAGAAAGGAACAUUCGAAGAGGAAGAUCUGGUGGAGGAUAAGAUGCCUGUCUGUCUUUCUGUCUCUGUGUCCUGUCAACUUCUGUCUUCCUCCUCACACUGUGUCGUUUCCACAUCGGAGAAGAGGGGAACAAAAAAAAAGUCUUCCACUCCAGUCCCAAAAUCUCUCCAAUCCUCUUCCGAUUAAUGUUUCCUCCACGUUCCUGUCUGCCCCUUUCAUCUGUCGUCCUGCCUGUCUCCCUCCUUCGCUGGGCCUCUGGGGCUCCUCUCACCAUACCAGCCGAAUCAUAGUCGUGUGGCUGCUGCCAGCAAGCUGCUGAGGAUUGUGUCUGGGCCACGCCUUGAGCGAGCAGGUGGCUCUCCCUGUGGGAGACACCAGGGUCUUCCUCCAUUCCGGUGGCUCCAAGAAUGCGCUUUGGUGUCUGUGUUCCCCUCUUUUUCUCACAUUUUGGACAUUCUGAUGAAGAACAUAUCAACGGUGGACCAGUCUAAUAAGAGAGUUGUCUUUCCAAUGCCUGCCUGCCUGCACAGAAAACUAAACUGGCCACCAACUGAGUCCACGGUUAAAUGUUGGACUAGCACAUCUAAUAGACUGAAAAAAAGUAAAAGGAGCUGAGUAGUUCCAUUUUUUCAUACAGGAGAAGGACCAGAGGCACAGUUCCUCCAAGACCAUGCCUUGACUAGGUGCAUCUCUAAAAUAAUUAUGUGUUUUUAAUCUACAAGUUUGGCAACAUGGAACUAACUGAAAGAAACCAUCCAUUGGACUGUUGUUAGCAUGUUUUCCAAAGAGAGACUGAGGAAGGACUAAUGAUGAUAUAAAAUGAUGGCUCAGCCAGAGCCCAGACUUAUAACUGACUUUAUGUUCAUUGUUAUUUGUUCUUUUAACUUGAGGCAUCUUACCUGCCCCUCCCUCACCCCCCUACCACCACCACAAGUUUUCAGGUACAAAAAGGGAAGCUAGGUAUUAUGGUUUUGGGAUCAUUUUAAACCACUGAACUUUGAAGCAGCAGAGACCGUAACUUAGUGUUUUCAACCACAGAUUGACCAACAUACAUUCCACAGUAUCCAUCUGUGUGCGUGCUCACUACUUUCAGCCCCAAAGUUUGUACACUUAGGAGGUUUAAUCUGUGUGUCUGUUCACGACUGAAUGUAUGACAUUUUUAAAGAAAGAAAGAAUGUAUGUGUGUUUACAUUAGUGUUAGGGGCAGUUGUGUCCAUGUACACCUUAACACUCCUGCUAUCACAGGUAGAUAGGCAGGUUUUUACCUCUAGAAUAUCAUCUCUUUCUACAAGCUGUUGUGCGCUGCAGCCAUGGCACCAUAAAGGCAGCACAUUAAUAAAGAAUUCAACAGUUUUUAUGUCAUGUAUCUACAGAAAAUGAGCACUAGCCAACUGUAUGCACACCUAUUUGUAAAUAUGUGCAAGAUAUACUGAAUGUUAAAUGCACUGUAUGAAGAUUUAUUUAAAAGCUGUGUUAAAAAUAAUGAGUUGUAUCUGUUUCAGCAAACAUACUGCGGUAAGUCUCCUGACACAACCUGCGUCUGCAAAUCUCUCCUGUAGUCAACGCUGUCCAUGCAUCUUUAAAUGUGGCGUGACAGCUAAGCUAGCUGUCUCGCAUCUCUCUUAUCAUUCCAGCUAUCACUUAAAUGUCAUGAAUCUUUUGUACAUUUGUUGAUAGCCCUGAGCCCUGGGUGAACGCCUCAGCCCAGAGGCUUUGUAAUGAUCCCCGCUGUAAAUGAGAUUAAAGAAAUCUAGUCUGGGGUCCAGGAGCCAGCUUGUCUCAAACUGUAUGUGUGUAUGAGAUCAGUUUGGUUCAUUUGAGCUUUGCACUAUGGCAGAUGCACUAUUGUUAUUGAUACAAUAUGUACAGAGUUGGUAUCAAGUACAAUCUGUUUGACUUUGAAGUUUGGGGGGGAAAAAAGAAAAAAGAUGCAUCGUAUCCCAUAUUUUUAGACACUAUCUUUUUGAAUUGAGACAAAAAUAAAAGAAAUGAACUAAGGCUUGUAGUUAAAUUGAAAUGGAAGGAAAAUAAAAGUAUUAAAACAUUAAA